GACCGCAAAGACGAAGACGAUGAAGUUGGUUUGGUUGAUUGUAGUUUCAGUUAUGGCGGUUGUGAUAUCACAGCGAUUUUGGAUGCCAUCUUUGGAGUUUAGUCAUCUUUGGAGAACUGUUUCUUACCAUGGCUUUACAAACAAUUAUGGAAGAAACAACGAUAAAUUCAUCAAUGGCCUUCUUCCUCCAGGCUUCGAUCAAAAAUCCUGCUUAAGCCGAUACCAACUCAACCUCAUCAGAAAACCCUCUCCCCAUAAACCCUCUUUCCCUCUCCUCUCAAAGCUCCGUCGCUACGAGGCUCUCCACCGUCGCUGUGGCCCCAAUUCCCCAUCGUUCCGUCAAGCCAUUGUUCGUCUCACCUCACCCACCAACUCCACAGCCCCAUCAGAUGACUGCAAAUACAUUGUUAUUCUAACUCGAGACGGACUCGGCAAUCGGAUCCUCUCCAUUCUCUCUGCCUUCUUCUACGCUCUAAUCUCCAAUCGUGUCAUUCUAAUCAAUCGAGGCAAUACCCUCGAAGAUCUCUUCUGUGAGCCCUUUCUUGAAUCCUCAUGGCUUCUUCCCUCAGAUUUUCCUCUCCGGGACAAAUUUGGGUCAUUCCGUCAGUCCUUCCCAGAGUCUUUUGGGAAUAUUUUGAGGAAUGGGAUGCGGAAGGAAACAAUCGAAGAUUCACCUCCACCUUAUUUGUAUCUCCAUCUCUCUCAUGAUGCCGGCGAUUACGAUAAGCUCUUUUACUGUGAUCGACAACAAAAUCUUUUGAAGAAGGUUCCAUGGUUGAUUAUGGAGACGAAUAACUACCUGGUUCCGGCAAUUUUUUUGGUUUCUUCUUUUAGACAAGAGCUUAACGAACUCUUUCCGGCGAAGGACACUGUGUUCCACCAUCUUGGACGAUACCUCUUCCACCCGAAGAACGACGUGUGGGGGCUGAUUUUGAGAUCUUACAAGCCAUAUGUUGCCCGAGCAAAUGAAAUGGUAGGGAUUCAGAUCCGAAUUUUUGGAUCGGAGUCCGGGUCGAUUCAGGACCAAAUGAAACAGAUUCUAGCUUGUACACAGAAGAAGAAAUUACUACCGGAGACCGAACUAUCGUCGGCAGAGAAGGCGGAUUCCUCCACUUCUCAGAAGGUGAAAGUUGUGUUGGUGACGUCUCUCAACUCUCAAUACUCUGAAACACUGAAGGAGAUGUAUUGGGAGCAUCCGACUGUCGACGGCGAGAUGGUGGCGGUGUACCAGCCAAGCCACGAGGGGGUUCAGAGCUCCGAUAGUAGGAUACACAAUCGGAAGGCACUGGCGGAAAUGUACCUUUUGAGUUUGAGCGACGUGUUGGUGACGAGCGACUGGUCAACGUUUGGAUAUGUGGCACAGGGGCUGGCUGGAGUGAAGCCAUGGAUGCUUUACAAGGCGGAGGAUAAGGUGUUUUGGGCGUUACAACACUGGCUAAAGUACAAAACGAGCAAGGAGGGGGGUGACGAUUGGCCUUGCCGGCAAGCGGUGUCGAUGGAGCCGUGUCUUCAAGUGCCGCCGGUGUGCGAUUGCGAUGAGAUGAAAAGAAUGGAUGGAGGGAAGGUUUUGCCUUACGUGAUACAUUGUGAAGAUGCGAGUUGGGGCCUCAAAUUAGGUUGAUCAAAUCAACUUCGAGCACAUUGAGGGUUGUGAAUGUGUAAGUUUCAGUUUUUUUUUUUUUUUUUUUUUUUUUUUUAUAUAUAUAUAUUUUGUUUUUAUGGGAAUUGAUUUUCAAAAGAAAAAAAAAAUGUUAGACGAAAAUUGAAACUUAGAACAAGGUGAC